UUCUUCCUUUCCAUGUCCAGGCUCCUCCUCUGGGGAGGUCAAGAUAGCCCAGCAACAGGCAGCCACAUUGCCCAGGCUCAUUGAUAUGCUUAAUAUGUACUCACUCUCUUCCCUUCCCAUUUGUCAUAGCUCCCAUUUGCCUUGAGCUCUGAGGCUCAGCUAAGGCUGUUUUAAGGCAGAAUUGACUCACUCAGGAUUGUGGGGAGGAGGGAGAUCCAGAAUCCUGUGAGGUAGGUGCUGUUAUCCUUUUAUAGAUGAAGAAACUGAGGGUCAGGACGAGUGAGUGUCUGAGGUAGGACCACGAACCCAGUCUGCCUGAUCUCGGCAUUCCCUGCUACCUUCACAGGGCUGCCUCUCGGGUACAAGGCUGGAGGCCAGGUGUAGUUGUCUCUUUCUCACUCACAGCAUCAGGGUUUAAGUGCUGGUACCACCUGGGUGGUACUGUCCAUGGUCUUCUCAGAGGGCAGGGGGCUGCUCUGCUCCUUCUGAGGUAAACUCCCUGGGGGCAGGGACUGGUCCCCAUCCUGCCUCAGCUCCCUGGGGUUCAGGACAUCAGAAGACAGCCAGCCAGGAAUGUUGCGGUGAGGCUGAUGUGUGCAGUGGUCAGCUCCCCUUCCUUGGAGGUCCUCGGGGCUGGGUGACACCGGGCAGACGUGUCCAGUUCUGAGGCCUUCCGUCCCUCGGCCACGCUGUCCAGGCCAGCAUCUUGCUUGUGGUGGGCGCUUAGUAAAUGCUUGUAACCUUCGCUGGCCAGUGGCUUAAUCUCUGAGGCUCAGGAUUGUGAUCUGUGCAGGAGAUGCCUGGACUCCAUGACCUAGCUCGAAAUUCAGCUGUUCUUAAAGACGUGUGUGGAAACUGUUUGGAGUCAGUACUCUUGCUUGUGAUCGUUUCUUCCCAGUCCCUUUUCCAUCUGCCGCCCCUUUUGCAUGAGUGUCCCCCAAGGUUCUGUUCUUGGUUCUCUCCUCAUCUCCCUUUACCCUCUCUUUUGGUGACCCCGUAAGUCCCCAUGGACCCCAUGCAGAUAGGUACCAAAUGUAUGGAUCUUCUGGAUAACCCAGUCUCAGUCCUAAGCUCUAGUCCAGCUGGUAGAUCUCGCAAACUGGAUGCUCUGUACAGAACUCAUGAUCUUUCUCCUAGAACCCUCCCCAUUUCUGAACUGGCUUGUCACUACCUGCCUCCUAAUCCCCGGGGCUACAUCCUCAUUGUUGGAUCUUGUCAUCUCCACCUUCAUGACAUCUCUUGUAUAAAUCUCCUUUCCCCAUCACCCUCUCCUCCCUAUGAGAGGCCUCAAAGAAGACCAAGGCCUCAGUGCUCCCCAGCACCUGCUUCAGCCCCUUCACAGCCGUUGGAAUAAAUUGUUAUCUGCCCGUUCUGCCAGGGAAAAAAUUCACGUGUUUGGGGUAGACACCCCACUAACUCACCGAGGGGUCUGAGGCCCUUUGGUUACACUUAACCUAGUUUGGCCAUUGUUUACCUGAGUGUAGAUGUGGCCGAUGCACACGCUGCAGCUUCUUGGAGCCGCAGGUGACAAUUGGGUGAAUUAGGUGGAUGCCGAAAGUGGAUGAACAGCCUUCACACGAGGCGCUAGUCCCCUUGAGCGCCCCAUACGCCCCAGGGGAUAUCGGAGAGGAUUGGGGCCGGUUGGGGAAUGGGUGAGACUGGAGUCCCGAAUGACAGGCUGUUGGCCUGAGGGACUGGGAGGACAGCGGAGCCCUCUUCAGCGACAGAGAAGUCGUAGGGCAGGGGCUUGGGGGGAGAGAGAGUAAAUUCCUUUUUAGGCUGAUUUCGAGAUUCGGCCACCAGGAGGGUGGAGCUAUCCAGCAAAGCCUCACGCCGUCUAGGAGUCGGUGGGGAGGGCUGCCUCACUACCCUGACCUCCAGGUUCGGAGGACCGUCUCAGCCCCGCCCUGGGGCCUGGCAGCUCUCGAAGGGCAAGACUGGCCGCGGAGCUAGAGUGGCGGCGGGGAUCUGAGGUUCGAGGGCAGACCAGUCAGUGUCGGUGGAAUUGAAGUCUCGGCUAGUUGGAAGGAGGGUAGGGCGAAGCUGGUAGGGGAGCUUUCCGGGUCAGUUCCUCUAGGCCGAGGCGGAGUCAGAGGCGGAGCAGAACCAGAGAAGAAGGCGGCCUCCCCCGCCUCCUCUCCACCCCAACCCCAACCCCCCAGGUCCAGCGGGCACGCCUAGCUUCCCUGCCCGGAGCACCCUGCGCCCCCCCAGUCUGUGCCUGCUCUCUGCCUUUGGCCACACGUCCGCGUCCGGGUCCACACAGCCUGCCUCUUCAGGGUUCAGCAGGGUGCCUGGCCCAUACCAAGUGCUUACCAAAUGUGUGUUGACUGGCUGACUGGCUGCCCAGGCAAAGGAUUCCAUAGGAUCAUGUUAGCAGUGCACUUUGACCAGCCUGGGGGCCCUGAAAACCUUUACCUGAAAGAGGUGGCCAAGCCUGAGCCAGGCCCAGGAGAAGUCCUCCUGAAGGUGGCUGCCAGUGCUUUGAACAGGGCAGAUGUGUUGCAGCGCUGGGGCCAGUACAGCCCGCCCCCUGGAGCCAGCAACAUCCUGGGCCUGGAGGCAUCUGGCCACGUGGUUACAGUUGGCCCUGGCUGCCAGGGGCCAUGGAAAGCAGGGCACUCAGCAAUGGCUCUGCUUGCUGGGGGGGGCCAGGCAGAGUAUGUUACGGUCCCUGAAGGUCACCUCAUGCCUGUUCCCAAGGGGCUGACUCUGAUCCAGGCAGCAGCCAUCCCUGAGGCCUGGCUCACAGCCUUCCAGCUGCUCCAUGUCAUAGGCCAAGUUAAAGCUGGGGAGACAGUGUUGAUACAUGCUGGAUCGAGUGGUGUGGGCACAGCUGCUGUUCAGUUGGCCCGCCAGGCUGGAGCCAUUCCUCUGGUCACCGCUGGGUCUCUGGACAAAAUUAAGGCAGUGGAAAAGCUUGGGGCUGCUGCUGGCUUCAACUACAAGGAAGGAGAUUUUUCAGCUGCAACACUAGAGUUUACUAAGGGUGCUGGAGCCAACGUGAUUCUAGACUGUGUAGGCGGGUCCUACUGGGAGAAGAAUGUGGCGUGCCUGGCCCUGGAUGGCCGCUGGGUGCUGUACGGCCUGCUGGGGGGGGCAGAGGUCCAUGGGGAGCUUCUCUCCAAGCUUCUGACCAAGCGAGGGAGCCUCCUCACAAGCCUGCUGAGAUCCCGGGACAAGAAGACAAUCUCGGGAAUGGGGAAAGUGCUGGGCUGUGGUGCCUGCUUAUGGUCACCAAGGCAUCGGGGACCUGAAGCAACCUGGGCACGGGCCCUCCCUCAGAAUUACAAAGCAGAGCUGGUGGCGGCCUUCACCCAGCAGAUCCUGCCUCACUUUGCCCAGGAUGAGCCGGGGUCGCUGAGGCCUGUGGUGGACACAGUCUUCCCCCUGAAGCAGGUGGCAGAGGCCCACGUGUAUAUGGAACAGAAUAAGAACUUGGGCAAGAUUGUCUUGGAGGUGACGCCAGUGCCCUGAGCACAAUAAACCAUGCUGGUCCCCCAGCCA